AUGUCAGUGGUUCCAUUUCCACUCCCAUGUUCCACCGCCCACCGUGUUCGCAUAGCCUCCGUCAUCUCUCCUCUCAAGCGCGUUCGUCCAAGAGCUCCAUUCUAUGAACUCUCUGCUCAUCGUGUUCCAACCCUCUGGUCAUUAUACCGAGGUUUGCUCAGGCAUGCGCCAGGGGAAAACAUCCAAUUUCGUGUGCGAAUGAUGUUCAGGAAGAACCAGCACGUUGUGAAGGCGCAUUCUGUGAAAGAGCAACUAGUAAUGGGAUACAAGUGGUUAGAAUCUUUCAAGCGCGCGAAGCAAGGUGAUAUCAAAUUUCAGAGCGUUUUCAGCAGGUAUGAAAGAAUGAUUGCAACCAAGCGCGAGAAGACCGCUUGGAAAAUGCGUAUACUAGAAGCUUUCAACUGGGAAGCCAAGCUCCGCAGUCGUCCUAUUUUCAAAGGCUCCUUCAUCCGUCCCUCGUUUGACAAUAAACUCCUUCCUCGCCUGAUCCCUCAGCCUGCUCACAUAACCGGAAUGAUCGUGCGCCGACGUCUUGCGCGUGACCGUCGGUGGGAGCAACGUGAAACACUGAAGAGCUGGGCACAUGACUUACGGUACGAGAGUCUCUUCGAGCACGCGUUGCUCAAGAGUGCACGAGGCGAGACUGUGGGUGCGGCUCGGCACACGAAGGGCAAAAUGUUGGGGGAUCAUGCCAACCGAUGUGCAGGAGAGUUAGAUGAGCCCUUCCUCAAGCGCCAGGCCGAACUGAAGGAAUGCAUGAUGCGCGAUAUUUCACGGUAUCGUGCUGCACCGCCUACUGACCUCGUACUGCAAGGUAAACAAGCACGUCGAGAAAAGGUGGCAAACAAAACAAUUCAAAGACAGCGUGAACGUUCUGGUGAAGUUACUGCUGCCACCAUUAAACGCCGGCGGAGCGCACCGCCUGCACACGUCCGAGAACUUAUGGCCCCAAGGCAACUGCUAGUGGACAGGGCGAUAAGGGAAGCAAGCGAGGGCGGGUGGUCGGGUGCUGUUAAGGCGCACAUGGGUGUCCAUAUGCACAUGCCUGAAAAAUGGAAGGCCGAGGGCGGGUGGGAAGAUGAAGAAAAGAAGAAACUUCUGGAUGAUAUGGAGAGGGAGAUUCGGGCGGAGAAUGAGAGACGAAAAAAACACAGUAAGCUGGAUGCUGCCUCCUUUUCUGAGUAG